AUGCUGGCAAAAGUGGAAAUUGAUCCUAAUUACAAAGUAAACUUAAUGUAGGGCCCGAGGAAAGUAGAAAGCUUUUUGCAAAAACUCAAAGGCCAGAACGCAAAAGGCAGGAUCUUUUCAAAAUUCACCAAGAGAUGGUUUGUUUUAGAUUUAAAUUUAGGCACGUUUUCUUAUUCGCGAAAGCAAGGUUCUCCCAAGACAGAAGUCAGCCACUCAAUCUCUGAUAUAAUAUCAGUUGUGCCAAAUCCCAGAGUUUCUUUUCCUUACUUAGAUUAUUAUAGAGUAGCUCUUAGCCAGCCAUGCCGGCUUUCACGUCCUUGCUUCGCUUCACCUUCUUGCUUACCAAUCUGAUUGCACGGCCUGAAGGUAUGGCUUACUCCUCUCGAACGAGAGCAACCCAAAAGUAAAGACGCUGGACCACCUUGGUGCAUACCAGCAAAAUUGCCCUUUCGGAAAUUCGAAAAAGCGAAUUUUCUGAUCAGACUAUCGACCUAGAUGAAACUUAUAGCUCAGGGCACACUCCUAGGAAAUUACCCGAUUAUCCAAGCAAACGCCCUACCCAGAGUUACUCAAAUUUGUGAAUGAAAAUUUGCCUUUAAUGUUGAAACUAGAAUGAGAAUGUACGUGCUGUAUUCAGAAUCAGUAAACAUGCACAACCUAUGAUGCGUAGCUUUACAAGCUGUUCUUAGGCCUUUAGAUAGGCCUAGAGGACCUAUUGACUCUGAUGUUCCUCAUAAUAUAAGAGAUGCUGAUCAUAUAUAUCCAGAUCCACAAAACCCAUCUGGAUAUCAAGAUGAUAAGUAUUAUCCCAAUCCUCAGCAAACCAAUACUUAUGAUCAAAGAUUGCCAAAUCAAGAUAGAGGGACUUAUCAAGAGCCAAGGACUAGUACUAAGCCAAUGACAAAAGGAGGUUACAAUGUAUUGGAAGAAUUUCCUUCACAUCCUGAUGAUGUUGAUUUCCAGCCAAAAGAAAGCGAUUUCAGGACUUUGCCGCCUCCUCGACAAGUGAGAGAUGAAGAGCUUUAUAGAGAUAAUUAUAGUGACCCUAAAAGACUACAAGGAAAUAGUGAUUAUAAAGAGACAAAUUAUAGGGAGCCUGAUCCGUAUAGAAGAGAAGAAGAAGUGCAGGCUUUUAAGAGUAGUACUGACAUUCGUGAAGAUCCGAACCAAAUCAGAAGAGAAAUUAAAUUAAGAUUCUUAAGGUCUUCCAGAUUUGAUGUCUCCGCACGAAAGGACCUUUGCUUGCCAUCACGAUUACCCAAGCCCUAUAAAUAGCAGUCUUCUCCUAGGACUAAGGGCUUGCACUACCUAUGCGUCGUCGGUAAGGACGUAUUUGUAGCCAUCACUAUAUAAAUUAUAGAAGAGAAAGAAUAGGCGAAGUUCCUAGUUCUGGUAGCAGUUACAAUUUAAGACAAGGCCAAGAAUACUACCAACCUCCAAAAGAUAAUUAUAGGCAACCGUCUCCUAUUGAAACUAAUCAAUAUGCAAACCCAAGAAAAUCUAACCAAAAUCAAUGGGGAGAACCAUCAUCAACUUAUAAUCAGCCCAAGUAUACUGCAGACUAUCAAAAUGAAGCCUCUGGUUACAGAGACCCUUAUGGCUCAAAACCAUCUGGUGAGCCUGUAAGCAAUUUUGAUAGAUCUAGGGGUCAAACAAGCUACAAUCGAGAAGAAGGGUAUGGAUAUCAAGAGCCGCAACGUAAAGAAAUUCCACGGUAUGAGCAACGAUCGCAGUUUCAGACUGAGCCUCGUAACCCUGCAUAUAACCCACUUAAAAGGGAUGAUCCUUAUUCUGGAUCUAGAGGCUACCAAGAUUCAUCGAGUCGAUAUCAAAAUGAAGAAAGUUAUCCUCCACAAGCCCAAGCAAGAGCUAGUCCUUAUACUCAAUCGUAUGCCUCUGAAGAAUAUCAAAAUUUACACAGAGUCCAUUUAGCUAUAUUAACUGUUUAUAUUAAACAAUUUCAUUUUUUUGCUUAAUUUAAGAAGUCAAUCUAUAUAUAUACAUAAAAAUGGUGACAAUAGACCACCCCGAGCUCCUGAACCUUUUUCUUCAAUGCCUGUAUGCAAAGACCCAGUGCAAAGGGAAGGGCAGAAAGAGGCCGGUAAUCAUUUAUGUAUGUCGAGCUAGAUUCUCCUUGAGCUCUAGGAAGCUAAUUUCUGAGACUUGGGGUCUCCUCCAAGACCAUCCGUGGAAAGGGCAGGCCAGCAAAAGCCCUGAGAGGAUGAUAAGUCCCUCGAAAAAGGUUCCAAGAUGGUGUGCAUGAAUCCUUUGCCCGAGACAGCGAGUGGAGUAUCUCCUUGAUCCCGCUGAGAAUGUAGAGUAUGCAGGGGUGCUAAUCCCCAGCCCUGCUAGGACGAACGCGUAUAGCUAACUAGCUAAGAAGUCAAUCUUCUCAUAUAGAAUGGAUACAAUUCACACAUCAUUAUACCCGUCAAAAUCCCAAAACCCAUGGGGUGGCCAACAAGAUUCCUGGAGCCAACCACCAGUACAAAAGCCUCAAAAAUACCAAGAAGCACCCUCUCAAGGCUUGAACCCACAAGGAGUUGAUAGAAACUGGGACAGUUGGGAUAAUUAA